AUGUCGCUCAUGAGAGCAGGAACCUUCGCCUGCCUGCGGGCAGGUCGCUUUACCGCCCCCGUUGGUGCUCGAUUCCUCUCCACUGGCAUCAGCCAGGGCAACCCUCCCGUCAAAACCAGCCCUUCGGAUGCCCCGACCACGCCCUCCCAGGGCAGCUCGUUGAUCCGCGAGGAGAGCCCUGCCGAGGCAAUGGCUCGUCACCAGCCGGAUUACGAAGCCACCAUCGAUCACGGCACCUCGCAAUUCUCUCCCGUGCCCAAGCGUGUCAUGGAUGGCAGCGAGCCCGGCGAGACCGUCCCUGCCGCUGUUCUCUCUGGUGCUCCUACUGACCUUCAGGCUCGCACUGUCCGGAUCUACCGUCCCACCAAGCCCGCGACGCAGUCUGGUACCUGGCACGGACACCACUGGAGAAUGGACUGGGAUGUCCUUGGCAGAGGACACCGCUGGGAAAACCCUCUGAUGGGCUGGCAAUCGUCGGCUGAUUGCAUGCAGGGUACCCACCUGAACUUCAAGUCGAAGGAGGAUGCGAUCAUGUUUGCGCAGAAGCAGGGAUACGAGUAUUUCGUUCAGGAGCCGAAUGAGCGCCGGUUCGUCCCCAAGGCUUACGCCAACAACUUCGUCCACGAACCCAAGAAGCUCAAGCACAUCAAGACCAAAUAA